UGUAAUCAACAACUACGCGAUUCUUCGAAGAAAUGCAAGAUGCACUUUUUGUCUUGGAACAUUCAACGGAAUAUGGUCCACUAAUCAAUUGCAAAGCUUUAAACUGGCUCUCAAAAUUCGCAAAAAUCUCACCUAUAAUUCAUCUACAUCCUCAUCGCCUUCAUCAUCCGCCAUCGAUCCCAAUUUUGUUUUCUCAUCCGCAUAUAAUCCUGAACUCACCCUUCCAUCAUUAUCAUCUUCGCUUUUGCCGGCAUCAUUGCUAAGUACGACAUUUCAGAGUCUCAUACCAUACGCCAUUGCAGGCAUCACGCCGAGGCCGCAUAACAUUCUGUCGCCGCCGUCAUCAACAAUACUGCCCCCGACAACAGCGCCUCCGACUUCAAGCAGCAUUACCAGCACCGAUUGCAGCCCACAAACGACCGCUGUCACUGCAGUCACAACAUACACAGCCAUGGGUGGCCCCUACCCCCCAUUGCCGCCCACAAUUGAGGGUCAAACAUAUUGUUUACGUUGGAAUAAUCAUAAAUCUAACCUGGUCGAAAUUCUCGAUGCGCUUAUAAAGGUUGAGAGCUAUGUGGACUGUACGAUUGUUGUCGACGACCAAGUGCAAUUUAAAGCGCACAGGGUAGUGUUAGCCGCCAAUUCGCCAUAUUUCCAGGCCAUAUUGCAGGAUGUACCAAUGGAUCAUUGCAGCAUUAUUUUUCCCGGUGUGAAAGCAUUCGAAAUGCGCGCACUGCUUGAUUACAUGUACACCGGUGAAGUGAAUGUAACACAGAGCCAAAUACCCACUAUAAUGCGUAUUGCCGAAGAGCUAGAAGUGAAAGGACUUUUCGAUAUGGCCGAUCUGAAGGAGAAGUUCAACAAACUGAGCGAAGAGCAUGCGGGACGAUCAAGCCAUGGUUAUCCAUAUGCGGCUACCAGCGCGUCAUCUUUAACAGCGCCUUAUGCCAUGACGGCUAGUUCAACAUCCGCCCAGAGCAUACCAACCGGUGUGCACAAUGGUGCUAAAGAUCAUGGCGUCGAUUUACCAAUGCCACCACAAAAGAACUCAUCAUCCGUGAUCUCAACGUCCUCAAACAUAUCGCCAUCGGCUGCAACUUCCAGCACCUCCUCGCCACCAUACGUUAACUAUAAGUCCCCAUACUCAAAUUUAUAUUCCAAAUCUCCUGGCCCCUCCAAUAGUGGUGGGUCUGCUGGCACUGAGGGCGCAGGACAAUCUAAGUCCUCGAAUACACCACAGACACCCACUCAUUCACAAUCUCAGCCAUCAAAUGCCGAACGUAGCCAAUGGCCAUUAUCGCCGUCAGCAGCAGUAAGCCUUUUGGGCUCUGUCUAUGAUUCUGUGCCGGAUAACCCGCUAAAGCGUAAGAAGCUUUCGUCGAUGACCUCAAUGCUAAUGAACCGUGACACCCCUAUUUUACGUAAUGUCUUGGCUCAAGCCAAUCCCGCCGACUCAUCCCAACCAAUGUCUUUCUCAUUGUCUGGCGCAACUAAAUCAGAAAAAUCAAAUGUCGACAAGAACUCGCCACAUACUGGAUCAUUGACAGGACAUAAUAACAAUCACGGUCAUCACUUCAACGGCGCCGACUACAGCAGCGAUAAGAAAUAUCCUGAUGAACCGCAUUCACCCUACACUGAUCGAUCUUUCGAUGACGAUGGUUACGAUGCAAAGAGCAAUUAUGCAGGUGGAGGGUUUAGCUCCAAUUCGAAUCAGAAACCGGAAUGGAAACGCUAUAAGCAAUACACACGCAGCGACAUUAUGUCAGCUAUUCAGUGUGUGCGGGAAGGUAUGAGUGCGCUGCAAGCCUCACGCAAGUUCGGUGUUCCGUCUCGCACACUGUACGACAAAGUUAAGAAAUUAGGAAUAACCACGGGACGGCCAAUGAAUCGCACCAUGAAACGUAGUCCUAGUAACGUAGAGUCGUCCACCGCUUUUCCGUACCCACACGGCUAUGGCGCUGAGCCAUUAAUGUCGUCGAUGCAUGACGGACGCAACGAUGAGCGUGAACCUAAAGAUCACCAUCGUGCUGAGCACCAUCACAUUCCUCCUCAGCUGCCGCAUUCGUUAUUAGAUCACGCAUUACUGCAACAGGCCUUAGAGAGUCGAGGUGGAGACAUUGCAGGACGGGGCGCACUGUUGCUGGCGGCGGCUGCACACGCUGCCGCCAAUCGUAUUUCAACAAGCCCAGGUCCCAAUGGGCCUAAUGCCGUGCGUUCUCCCAGUCCACCUAAUUACGGUAGGAAGUAUGGGCGCGUAAGUGAGUCAGAUUUUGCGAUGGAACGUGGACUAGAUCACGAUCGAGAACACGCCAUUGAACGUGAUGGUGCCCACAGAAAUGAACGUCACAGGUUGGAAAAUGAAUUGGAAAAUGAACAAGAAAUGGCAACUGAGAGUGACCGCGAACGAGAAUAUGAGCGUGACCACGAAAGAGAGCAAGCACACGAUAGGAGACGUGCGCACGAGUUUGAGCGCGGACAAGAGCGGGAGAACUGCGACAGGGCUCGCGAACACAAUCGCAGAAAUCGACAACACUCCCGCGAAGUUGAAGAGACUGCUGGCCAUGUUGAAGACUUAUCUGUGUCACGCAGGCGUUGUAUAUCGCCGCAAGAGGAAGCAUUACAACGACGCACGCGUUCACCCUCAUACUCGCCACCCUCACCACGCGCGGCAACAAUUCCAGCAGCAGUCGAAUGCAGCACAGGAGUUAUUAAACUCGCCACUGCAGCAUCAGUGGCUGUAGCACCUGCAGCCAUUAGCCCGAACAACCAUCGAAGUCGAAGCUCAAGUCGGAACAGUAACGGUCUGACGAUUGCGGACAACAACAGCGUUGAUGAGUACAACAACGAAUCAAACUCCACAUUAGAAGCAGCAACAACAAUGGCAACAAUAAAACGCGAGGUCAUUAGUAUCGACGAUGGACGCACCGACUGAUUAAUGCUAUCCAUGGCGUGGCACUACGCAACCGAUACUUGUUACGAAUCAUUGUUUCUGACCCGUUGACUGUCUGCCAUACAGACCAUACAAUGCUUGAACAAGGCUGCAGAGAAAUGGGGAACUGACAUAACAUAGCAUAGCAUAACAUUAAUAACUUCUUAAGUAAGCUAGUUAUGAUAAAAUUAUGAUCUUAUAUAAUGUACACAUAUACGUUACUGCAAUAGUGCAAUAAGUGGAUGGAGCAAUGGGCAGUACUAAAAGAAGCUUUAAGUGAGUUCCCAAAUGUUUUUAACGUAUGUAAGGAACAGCAAAAUAUGCGGAACGUAGUAGAGAAUUACACAAGUUAAACUUUUUCGUGAACCUAGUAAAUAUGUUUUAAAUAUAUAUGUAUAUAUAUAUAUUUUUUUUUUUGUUGGCGUAAUUUAGUUAAAUAGCAAGAAUUAUGUUUUUACGGAAUACGAAUGGGUUUAUUAAAAAACUGAAAGCCAGAUAUUCCUUAAAAAUGCAUUUGCGUUUCGUUCAAAAGGAAAAAGAAAGAAAAGAAAAAGGAAGCUACUGUUGUCGGAAUCACCCUGUGCCUAAAAGUAGACUUUUAUAAAUAAAACUGAUAUGCUACACGUUAGAUAUGUAGUACUAAAAGUGUAAAAUUAGAUUUAGAAUGAAACAAACAAAGAAGUGAGUAUAGGACGCAAAAUUAACCUCGGCUCAGAAAUUUUUAUGUAGAACAUAAUGAUCAUUUGUUCACCCCACAAAAAAAAAAGGAAAUGCCACUUUGAUGCAUGUGCUAACGUAGAGACAAAACUCACCACCGUUUAUAACUUUAAAAGAAGAAAACUUACACAAGACUGAAGAAGAGAUGAAAGUCCGGAAAGCGGAAAUGCAGAAUCUGGAGAAAUUAAAGAAAAUUUCACUAAAAAUCGCAGUUCGGUUGAAAAAUUGUGCAUGUAUGUACAUGCAGAACAGCGAACUUCUAGAAGAGAGAGGAGACAACCAGAGAAAAAACAGACCCAUUCCAACACCAAAAUUUGCAAACGACAUUCACCAUUCAAAAUAUUACAAUAAUUAGUGCUAAAAGGUAUAAAUUCGGAACCAAUAGGUUUUUAGUUGGGUGAAUGUUGGGCUCGAGUUAUGAUAGAUCAGGGUUGAGUAUGGAAUUUUCGAAAUUGUAACAAAUCCUCUUAAAAAUUAUACUUUUUGUAAUAAAA